AAAAUUUAAAAGUAUUUAUUAAAGUAAUAAUUUGGGAGGGGAAACAAGGGUAUGUCUCCUAACAGUUUAUAACUUGACUUUCAGGAGAUCUGACAUACUUGUCUGGCUUCUGAGGGCACUGCAUGCAUGUGGUACACAGAUACACAUAUAAAGUAACUAUUUCUUAAAGCUCCCAAACAUCUUUACAAAUCCCAAUAUUUUAAAGGGCCAAAACCUCUUUAAGUGAGCUCUUAUAAAAAUCAAAACCAAGUUAUAUACUCAGGGACAUAGUACAUAAACUGAAGAAAAAAAAAAAAAAAAAAAAAACCAAAAAUCUAGCCAAGAAAACACCAAAUAGUGUAGUUCCCACGCCUAGCGUCUGCAACCCUGAAUGUAAGGUUCUGGUCUCCCAAGGGCUUAGGGAGCAAAGUCUUUAGAAGAAUGUUUAGUCUUAUACCUUAAAUAUGGUAAUAUAGAUUUAUGAGAUAUAACCACUGACAUUAUCUCAACAGAUAUUACAUUUCAUGAUAAAGAAAUGGAAGAAAAUACAUUAUCUGCUUACUGUAUGCACAAACAUGUUCCUAACAGGACAAACAUGUUCAUGUCAGUUACAAACCUCUUUUCUAUAAGGUCACAUGGCCUCAGCUGGUAUUUAUAACUCCCUUCCUGCACUACUUACUCUGUACUCCCCCACCAUCGGCAAGCACUUUAGUGAGUCUUGGUUCUUUACCUGGAGUUAAGGAGAUCCAUAUUUUCAUUACUGAAGGAUCUGGGCAAUUUAAUCAUCCUGUCUGGGUUGAGCUGUUGGGGAUUCCCAGACUUUAAUCACAGGACAUAGAACACAAAGAGAUGCCCUGAAGGAUGUCAUUGAAAAGACAACCUUAUGUUUAACAUUCUAGGUUUCCCUAAUGCUUAUGUGUGUCCACAAUACUUGCAGAUACAAAAUCUUAAGAUGAGUUAUCUCUCUCUUUUUCAAAUCUUAAUUUUGAGUAUGAAUGCUUUGAACUUCCAGUGUUGUGUAUCCACCAGAGAAGACUGUUGCUCACACAUGAGUUUAAACCAAUAGAAUGUCUUUAUUAGCUGAGCAGUGACCUCACUGAAGCCCAAUGUAGCCUAAAGUCUUACUCAGGGUGAGCUAAGCACAAAAACAUAUUUUGAGUUGACUUCUCUCAGUUGAGCAAGGUACACUUAGAGACGAUGGCACUAUGGCCUUUGAUGAGUUUGGUCAUUGUUUUCAUUUUGGCAAGUGGUACUGUUUGCUGAAUUUUAUGGCCUGAAUGGCACUGCCGUCAAUGGAGCCCAUUGUGUUGAGGUACCGGGAUCAUGUUAUGGAGGGUUGAGAACUGAACCUGGAUCCUCUGAAAGAACAAGUGCUUUUACACACUGAGCCAUCUCUCCAGCUGCUCAAGGCCCUUCUAUUAAGUGGUACAGUAUUCACACAGGUAUUUUACUUAUAGGUUUUGCUGUUAGGGAAAGGAUCUUACCUGAUAGCUCAACAUGGCCUUGAACUUGCAAUCCUGUCCCAGCUCCUAGAUAACCAAAACUGCCUAUAACCUAAAAGAAUACAGGCAGGUUUCACACCGACACCUCACUCCAAUGAAUUUGGCUUUCAGCUAGGUUUUUGCUCCUCAAUACUGAGUAGUGGAAUUACAGGUGUGAGCUACUACUUCCAAUUUACAGUUUUUGUUUUGUAGUUCUAGGGCUUCGACCUAGGGCCUCACAAGUUCUAGGCAAAUAUUUUACCUCUGAACUACAUCCCCAACCCUUUCUGUUUUUUAUUUGGUUGGUUUUUUGUGGUGGUUGUGUUGUUUGUUUUUUGAGACAGGGUCUCAUUAUGUGGUGCUGGCUGUCUUGGAACUAUGGAAAUCAAGUUAGCCUGGAAUUCAGAGAUCUGCCUCUUACUCUCAGGUACUGGGACAGCCGUGUGUGUAUGUGUGUGUGUGUGUGUGUGUGUGUGUUUUGAGAGUUGCAUUCUCAACAUGGAUUUGAAUUUUAUCUGUGGCCAAGACUAGGCCUUAAAAUUUUGAUCCUCCUGCCUCAACUGUCUGAAGAGCUAUGAUUGUAGGUCUGGUCUGUAUUAAUGAGAGAGGAUCUUGUUACUCUGACUGGCCUGGGUUCAUCCUCUCGCCUCAGCCUUCCAGUAACUGUGACUUUAGUUGGAAAUCUCCAUGACCUAACUGACUUCAGAUACUUAAAUUAUCUCUGGAGUAUUUAUAUUACCAAAUAUGAUGUCAAUGACAAUAGUUGAAAAUGUGUAGAGAAUGAUAAGAAAAAUAUCUGCAUAUGUUCAACACAAUUCUUCAGAAUACACUUUAGUUGGCAGUCAGUUGAGUCAAGAACAAAUGUAUACAUUAAGUGCAAUUUGGUCUUUUCUCUUUCACUCUGCUGGAUUUAGGGGGGCUUGAAUUUAGGGCUUUCCUUGUGCUAGGCAAGUACUCAACCACUGUGCCAGCUAGUCUCCUUUUGCAGUUCUUAUCGACUGAUGAAUGCAACACCCUGGAAAUAAUGGGACUUGAUUUCUCCUGGGAACCCCUUUUCUCCUCUCCCAAAAGUUAGGAACCAUUGCUCGAGAAAUGCUAGUUUCUCUAAGACCGGUUUCUAGAUGGUUAAGGAUGAGUCUGACAUUCUGGUUCACAUUCUCUUUAAAACUUAAUCAGAAGAAUUAGCCCAACCGGAAUCCCUCUUUUAACAACCGAACCGCUUGAAAGUGCCGUCGUCAGCUAAAAGAAACAAAACAAAACAAAACCCCACGAGUCCUGAUCCAGGACGCAGGUGGUUCGUCCCGCAGCUGACACCCUCGGGGACUUCUCUUCUGUGGGCUCUAACUGGUCGUGCAGUUUUGGGCAAAUUUACUUCACCUUUACAGUUCCCAACGAGGAAAUCUGUGGACGCCUAUGGCAAGGCAACAAUUGGGAGAGAUGACCUCUGGAGUCGGUCCCUCAGGGCUCCCCAGCUCCAAGACGGGAAGAGCCAACAUAAGCUUCCAAGCCGCAGGCUCAGAUCCACCCUCCCUAAGGCCCAUCCACGUGAGAAUCACGUUGCAAACGCCUCGUGCUCCCCCAGAUUCACGGCCUGCCUCCUCGGCCACCCAUCACACCAUCGGAGGCCUCCAAAGUCAGUGACCACAACUCCUCCCGCCAGUGUCUCAGCAGCGAUUGGCGCGCGAACCUUCUCAAACCGGGACGGCGGUCGACACGUGACCAACGUGCCUACCCCGCGCCGACAGCGGCGUUGGCUCCAGACCGGCAACCCGCGCUCCCGGUGCGCACGCGCGAGAUCCGACGCGCCUCCCUGAGACAGUGUCCAGGGUGGGCUUGCGCAUGCGCCGCGUGACCCCGCGGCCCGCAGGAAGAGGUGCGGGCGGCUGAGGCUCCGACGCGCUUGCGCAGAGCUGGAUGUGGGCGUUGCUUGCCCCUCCCUUUUUUUUUCCUCCCGAUUGGUUCUGAGGGGUAUAUUCGAGUUACAAAAUGGCGGUCCCGGGCGCUCGCUUCACCGUUCAGUAGCAGCUUCAGGCUGGGCGGAUGUCUCUUCUCCUCAGGGUUGGACUUAGAGACACACAGCUCCCGAGUUCUGCUGAUCGCGAAGUCCUUGAAGGCGCUCAACGCACCGGAGUCUCCCAGCGGCCGCGACCGCCGCCUCGGCCCAGCUCGCCGCGGCGCCGGAACUCAGUGUGAUCUGCGGCGGCCGUCCAGGAGGUUCACAAAAAUGGCGAAGAGAGUUGCAGAGAAGGAAUUGACAGAUAGGAACUGGGAUGAAGAGGACGAAGUUGAAGAGAUGGGAACAUUCUCAGUGGCCAGUGAGGAAGUCAUGAAGAACAGAGCCGUAAAGAAGGCAAAGCGUAGAAAUGUUGGAUUUGAAUCUGAUAGCGGUGGAGCCUUUAAAGGUUUCAAAGGUUUGGUUGUGCCUUCUGGAGGAGGAGGAGGAGGUUUUUCUGGAUUUGGUGCUGGCUCUGGAGGGAAGCCUCUGGAAGGACUGACAAAUGGAAACAGCACAGACAGUGCCACGCCCUUCUCCAGUGCAAAGACAGCAGUAGAGCCCAAGGCAGCCUUUGGUUCUUUUGUUGUGAAUGGCCCUGCUACCUUGGAUAAAAAGAUUUUGAGUCCCAAAUGCAAUAGCAGCAGUCAGCCGCCCUCCUCUGGCGCUGCUUCCAAUACUUCCUGCACUGGGAAUGCCUAUCACAAGCAGUUGGCUGGCCUGAACUGCUCUGUCCGGGACUGGAUAGUGAAGCAUGUAAACACAAACCCGCUUUGUGACCUGACGCCCAUUUUUAAAGACUAUGAGAGAUACUUGGCGACGAUCGAGAAGCAGCUUGAGAAUGGAGGUGGCAGCAGCUCUGAGAGCCAGCCAGACAGGGAGACAGUUGGAAUGGAGCCGCCUUCCCUUUUUGCUUCAACAAAACUACAACAGGAUUCACCAUUUUCAUUUCAUGGUAACAAAGCAGAGGAUACAUCUGAAAAGGUGGAGUUUACACCAGAAAAGAAAGCGGACGCAGCACAAGGAGCAACAAGUGCCUCAUUUAAUUUCGGCAAGAAAAUCGAGAGCUCAGCUUUGGGCUCAUUAAGCUCUGGCUCCCUAACUGGGUUUUCAUUCUCUCCUGGAAACUCUAGUUUAUUCAGUAAAGAUGCUGCCCAGAGUAAAGUAGCCUCUUCACCAUUUUCUGCUAAAGCAUCAGAGAGUCAAGCAGGAGGCAGCAGCAGUGAAUGCAGAGAUGGUGAGGAAGAAGAGAAUGACGAGCCACCCAAGGUGGUGGUAACGGAAGUGAAGGAAGAGGAUGCUUUCUACUCCAAAAAAUGUAAACUAUUUUACAAGAAAGACAAUGAAUUUAAAGAGAAGGGUGUGGGGACCCUGCAUUUAAAACCCACAACAACUCAGAAGACCCAGCUCUUGGUGCGGGCAGACACCAACCUAGGCAACAUACUGCUGAAUGUUCUGAUUCCACCCAAUAUGCCGUGCACCCGAACAGGGAAAAACAAUGUCCUUAUCGUCUGUGUCCCCAACCCCCCAAUUGAUGAGAAGCAGCCCACUCUCCCUGUCACCAUGCUGAUCCGGGUGAAGACAAGCGAGGACGCCGACGAACUGCACAAGAUUUUACUGCAGAAAAAGGAUGCCUGAGCCACCUGAGCACGAGGCUGACCAGGCAUGUUGCCACGAUGCUGCUUCCCUCUGCCCCUAAACUUAGUCACAUUCUUUCCUCUUCUACUGUGACAUUCUCAGAACUUCUAGGUAACUUGAACUUUGUGAGGAAGAUUAAGGCCAAUAAAUCCUUUCAGUGUGUCGAAGCUCUUCUCCCUUCCUAAGAACUAAGCAAAAUACAUUGGAGUGAAGUUUGGGAAGGUUUUUUAAUGUUGAUUCAUUGAGUAAACUAAACCUAAGUGAUUCUUAAUGGACUGUAAUCAGGGUACCAGUUAGCUCUCCAGAGGCUCCCUCAGGCGGCUGUGGGUGCCACUCUGCCUGCCCCGGGAGACCUGAUGGCAGUGUUCACAGUGUUCAGAAGACACCGCCUGCUCCCCUCCUGUGGGCUUGUCUGAUCCUGAUCCAUGACUAGCACUCCUGCAUAGCACACCGCCACACUGUGACUGCGCUUGCCCUGUUUCCUUCUGAGCUGAACUUGUGGGUACUGGGAAUCAGUUUGUCAUCAGCCUGUUUUUUGUCAGGUGCUGGCCUUUGACCUGGAGCUGCUUGACUGAACCAGGAAUUGCUUUUCCCGGGAGAGGACAUGAGUAGUGGCUCGUGGGGGAGCUGGUGGUGUAUAGACUGGGUUUUGUAGUUACUCAUGAGGUGCUCUUAUUUGCUUACCUCCCUAGUUAACAUGGAUGGGGGCUGUCAGGAAUAAUGGAUUUUACUGAAAGCACAAAUUUGGUAGCGUUUUUUAUAUCAUUUCUAUACCACAAACAAGCCUUUAUUUUAAAAGAAAAAGAGUGAAAUCGUGCUGUAAAGGGUUGUGUGCUCAUGGCCAUUUGUGCCCUGGUGAGCACAGUCUGAGUGGAGGUCCUCUCAGGAGCCGUGCGCUCAUGAGAAGCUAGAGUAUGGCAGUGGAAGACGGCUCAUUUGGCCUGUAGCUCAGACAGCAGCAUAUUAUUUGGCGUCUGAAAAACCCAUUUUUAUUCUUAGUUUUUAAGGAUGAGGUAUUACUGAGUAUGUCCAUUUGGAAGAGAGCCAUGGUUCUACAUGCUGUUCAUGUCACUUCAGAGCGGUGAGGUUACUAAUACUAGGGUGCUCUGAAGACCAGACAUCAGUUAAAUGCCAGACUUGAUGCUGAGCUGGUCAUGGUUCAUGCCUCAUCCCGGUGCUGGAGAAGCUGAGGCAGGAAGAUGAUGCGAGUUCAUAGCAGCCUGAGCUACACAGUAAGACCACCCCCAAAAAAAAUUAGAAUAAAAAGUCUGUCUAAAGUUCCACUUUCAUUUUUCAUAAAACCAUUUGACACCAGGACUAGAUCUUGUCCGAAGGCUCAGGGUCAGUAUCCAGGGGCACACACUUGUGUGCUCAGAUAGUAGUAGCACGUGUGUCCUGACCUGGGCAAACAGUCACAAAAACUGGAUGGCACAGUUGCUUUCUUAAAACUUCAAUGCCCGGGUGGGAUGAAACCUAGUUAGCUUUUAUUUUCACAUGGGUCUUAAUCUCACUAUGUAACCCUGGCUAGCCUUGAACUCAGAUCCACCUGCCUCUGCCUCCUGAGCCCAGAGCUGCUUUCUGAGGUGGGUGACAGCACUGAGAGCUGAGCACCUGCCGUGUACCUGCAGAUGUGUGUGUGCUUCUUGGGUGUUGACUUGCCUUUUAGCAUGGAGACUUGGUUCCUAGCAAGCAUGUUGCUGCUUCUGUGUUCACUGGCCCUGGCCUGUUCACAUUGGGUUUGCCCAGCAUUCCAAAGAUGAAAUGAGGGGUAUGCAUUUCAGAACAGUACUGUGUUGCCACAUGCCUGUGGGGCUGACACGUCUCAGACUCACAAGGUACUUUCAGGAACUUGUUUCUUCAUGGUGGCAGUGCUCUGUGAGCAUCUGCCCAUGCCUUGAAUAUUUACCAAAAGAAUAAAAGCAAAAAAGGUCGAGACUGGAGUGCCUUCUCAAGCUCCCCAGCCGAUUUUAAUUGUAAAUUAGUGUGGCUUUUUUUCUAACAUUCCCAGCAAAGUUUGCUGCUAAAGACCAUCCCUUUUGGAAAGGAGAAUUAUGGGGAGCUACGUGGUGUGACUGUGACUCAGCGUGUCUUGUCUUUAUGCUUUAGGAGCUUGUUCAGUGCGUCUGACCUGAGUGUGGGCGUGAAGUCUGUGUGUCACAGAGGCCCCUGGAGGGCGCUCUGUUCUUGCACUGUAUGUGUAGCUGGUUCCAACCAUAGCUUAAACUUCAUUUAUGUUUUAACAUGUUAGAAACUUGCCUGUUGUGUGUUUAAUGUGAACUGAGGAGUUUAUCUCCAGUUUCAGAAUCUAAAGUUGUGUCUUGUAUUUGCCUGAGGGAAGUGUGUGUUCUCUGUGGUUGGGGUGCAUCGAGCAGAUGUUAAGCCUGGGCCUUCCCACACUGUAUCUCACACUUCACACAUUCCCAGCCCUGCCCUGCCCUCCUCAGAGACCCACACCAUACAGGCUGUGGCUGUGUCAGUGACAGGUCAGAUUGUUGGUGGGCUGAUUUUUCUGUUUUACCAUUUCAGUUCUAAAUCCUAUUUUUUACAUGCUGUGUGCCAAAAAAAAAUAAUAAUAAUAAUAAUACCUCCUAUGGCAUAGAGGGGAAAUUUCACCUUGCUGUCAGGGAAAGCCCUUUCCUGUACCUUUUAGAGAAGUCUGUUCUUGCCAGUUUAUUCCUUAUGUUACCAUUUCUGAAGAGGAGAAAGAGCCCCUCGAGGCUGCAGUGUCCACUUACACCACUGGAGUGGGAUUUUAAGGAAAUGACCUGUUCUGUCACUUGCAGGUGAGGUUGGGAGUUCUUCAGGGCAUCUUUCUAGCCCCAUGCUCUGUACUUGGCCACCGAGUGCUCUCCAGAAGCAAUCACAAGACUGAGGACGUAAGACUUAGUGUCACAUGGAAUAAUCUGCUUUCUCCUUUGAACAGGAAUUUGUUGUCUAAAGCUAGAAUACUUGAAUCGUCAGGCAGUAGAAUGGAGUGUUAGCUUUUGAAUGAGCCUUUAAGGAAGUGUAACAAUCCAUGAAAUGUGAAUAAAUGGAAAGUUUGGA